UCCCCCUAUGAUUGCAUACAGCCAUACACGUCCUUAUCACACCUCUGACAUGCCCUUUAUACACACACAUUAGUUUUGUCAGGUUUUGCUUUCCCUUAUCUUUUCAGCUCCAUUAUUCCCGAUUCCAAUUCGUCCAAAUGCCUUCUGGGACUGAGUCUGAGCUCUCUUCCCCUUCUUCUUCUUAUUCUUCACCUGGUUUGCCUGACACUUGUCCUCCUCCCACUUCUCCAACUGUGCAGUUGGUCCCAAAAUCCACUUCUGAUCGACUUCUUCAGAAGUUCUUUGAUGCCGCGGAGUUCGACUUUGAUUACGAGCAGAGCGGACUGUGGUCUCCUCCGGUCCGGCGUACCGUGUUCCUGAGCUCUCAAGGUAAAAUCUUCACUGAACGAGAAAUGCUUGCCAGACUUUCAACCCUAACGGAUGCUCCUACUGCAAGACACGAUAAAGUUUGUUUUGGGGGAUGCUGGUGUUUUUGAAGGAUAUUGUGAAGCCAUCAGAACUCCAUUUAUGAGAUUUUCAGGUCAAGAAACCAAUUCAAAUGAAACAAGAAAACAGAAAUAGAGAACCCCAUUUUUACUUCUCUUUUACUUUUUCAUGCGAAUGUUCCUUUUUUUACAGCCGAAAAAAAGGAAAAAGAGUAUUUAGAGAAAAGAAAUAAUUUGGCAUCGACCCUUUUUAUUCUCUGAGUUUCUUUUUACAUUGUUUUUGGUCUCUAAUUUCGUUUACAAAACUGGGAAGUUUUGUAAUUUGCAUAUAUAUGCUUAGUUGUUUAAUUGCAGUAUAUGCAUAAAUGUCAUGAAAAUGUUAAUGUAACUAGGAGUGAAAAACUAUUGCUCAUGUAUUUGUAUUCGGAACGGAGAUUCCGACUUCGGGAGAGUGAGAGAUUGGAAGGGGAUUAUCUCCCCUCUCUUUUCCCCUCCCCUCCCUCCCCUCCUCUCACAGUAAUUUUUUCCUUCUUUCUCUCCGUACAAGAUGAAAUCACGAGCCUUCAAAUAGAAGGGAAGGAAAAGGGAGGGAAAGAAAAAAAAGAGAAUCCUUGUCCCUUCUAAUUAGAUGUUUAGAAACUGUAACCUUUAGUAUUAAAUUUUAUCUUAUGAUGUAUUCUAAUGUCCCUAUUUAAAGGGAUCCUUAUGUACUAAUAAAUUAGUCAAUUGAGUGAAUUAUAAUUAAUCUAAGAAGAGGUCGGGUUAGGCUGGUUCGUGUUGAGCAAAUCCAUGAUCAAUGUAAAGCGAAUUCAUUGCCCCUUGUUGAGUGAUUCUCAAGUUUUAUCCCCGUCUCCUCGAGACUCCUUAGUUUUUCCAACAUCAAUGGCCCAUGGUAAACUUUAGCUAAUGUGUCAGUUUCAUGAUGUUAUCAUGGAGCCAGACUAGGCAGUAGCCACAUUCUGAUUAUAACUUGUAAACAUUAGACGCAAUUUGGUUACUAUAUAUUUUAGCGGCCCCCCACCACCCCAACCCCUCCCCCC